CUCAUCUUAGCUACGUUAUAUUUUGCACAUGUUGGCACUUAAACCAUACAACAAUAAUGGUUUUAUAGGCUUCUGCUAAAACUCAACUUUUAGCUUUAGAGGGAUUUUACAGUUGCAUAUAAUGUUGAACGCACUUCUCCAUUUUAAUCAUUCUGCAUUAGUUAUACUAGUAAUAUCCUCCAUAAUCUCCAUUCUUUUGAACAAUUAAUCCAAGAUAUCAAAAUUGAUUUUAUUUAUUUAUUUAUUUUUGGAAUAACUUGAUCUCCAAGCUUUACAAUAUUAUCACACACACUUAAAUUUUUACUGAACUUACAUUCCACAUACUCAGAUCUGCUUACAUGUCAGCCUGGUCACCUAGACCAUAAACAUCAUCGAGGGUGGGAAUCCAUUACUUGCUUACUUGAUUGGGGAAACAACGUUACUUCUGACUAACUGGUUACAAGAUAGAACUUGUUCAUGUUCUGUACUUAGUUGAAGAUAAUGGCCAGAAAUGCAGUAAAACAUGUAGCAAAAGCAGUUGGGGAAUACCAAUAUCCAUGGCGAGAGAAGUUGGAAAAGUACGCAGAUGAACUCUCUAAGGGUGUUUGGGGUUAUUGGGAGCUUGGGGCAUGGAAGCCACUGGGCAUCAGUGCCCGCCGGCGAGCUAGACUCCGGAAAGAAGUUCUUCUUGCCGGUGAAGAUUGGCCCUAUGAUCCGGCAAGAAAAGAGAUGAAGACCAAGAGGAAAGGGCACAAGUGUGAUAGGAUUUCAGCUGAAAAGCGGCCGAAUACUGCUGAAUUAAUGCAGAGAAUGCCUCAAAUGUUGGCAGAUUACAGGAAGAGGAGGUGGCAGAAGAAGAUGAACGAAGAGGAGGCAAAGGCUGAUGAUUAGGUGCAAUUCCACCAUUCCUUCAUCCAACUUUCUCCAAGGAGAAACAUGCGCCAUCUGGUUAGGUAAUAUCCUCUUCGAGGAUGGAUGUAGAGUACCAUUGCUAUUGCUGUUUUUAAUUUGGUUUCGUCAAACAAUCAUUUAGUUUUAUAUUUUUGAUCAGUGGGACUUUUAGCACCGAAGCUUGAGAUGCUAUAAUUGAAAGGGAAUGCCGUAAUUGAGGGGCAA